AUGGUUCCCGACACUGCCCACGCACUCGCCGUUGUCGCGCCAGACACCAUGGCAGGCUGCCAUGUUGCGAUUUUCGACGCUGUCGCACCAGGUGCCACUCCGCGCCUUAUCGCCUAUGUCUCGGUUGUCCGCGCAGCCGUCACCAGCGGCUGCCCCUGGGACGCCGAGGUGCCGGCCGAGGCACUGGCUGCCGCUCGCGCCGCCCGCCCGGUUGCUGCCACGCUCUCGCUUGAUCUGCACCUAGUGACUGUGGUCGAUUCGGCUAGCCGGGUCUGGGUUGCGCCGCUCGGUGCACCGCUGCUCGCUGCCAUGCUUGACGGCGUCCCGCUCGCCACUGUCCACCCGCAGCUAGCGCCCGACUCGGGAUCUAUCGCCGGCGGCGGCACUGGCAGCAUCGAACUGCCGUCGCGACCGCCACUUUGUGUCCACCCGGCCAACUCUCACACCCAGCGGCUGGCAAGCCACUGGUCGAGCUGGGCGCUGCAGACGUACGCAGAGAGUGUUUGGACCCGCGCCAUGGCUGCACCCGGACUCGACCAAACAGCCUGGCACGAGACGCCCAUCAACUGGGUUGAGCUCCUCGCCUCACCCCAGACCACCGCGCGCCUCCCGCAAGCACUUGGCGUCCUCAGUCAGUGGCACCGGCCACGGCACGCUCCGGCACAGACAGGCUUUGCUGGCGACUACCCCGAAUGGAAGUCCGGCUUUGCCGACGUGCCCGCCGCUUCAGUCCUCGCCCCGUGCGCUGCGCAUCCGCCUGCCAUCCUCAACGUGUCGGCAGUGUGUACCGACGGCGUCGCCGUCACCGUCGCCACAACCACCUCGGUCUUUCAGGCCUGGACGAACUCAUCGCGUUGGCACGCGUUUGGCUUUCCUAUGGUACCGCUCCUCGCGUCGUCGCCGUCGGCGCUCGGCGGCCUCCCGGCACACUUUCUCCUUGGUGACGCCAUUGUUGUCGCCUCGCCUCAUGUUGCUUCGAGACAGGCGCUUAUCAAUGCCACCAUCAUCUUUGAAGAUACCGAGACCGCCCACGCCCUGUGCGCGCUCAACGGCUGGGGCCGUCGUCAGCUCCGCAUGCACGCGCUCAAGCUUGGUAUCCUCUACCGCCAGGUCGACGUCGUCCGCCAGGCGCUCCGCGAGCUCGACGCUUCACAGGCGCUCGAGGCCAUCGCCGUCCUUCUCGCCUUUUUCGACGAGGCCUCGGCUGCCGCCACUGCCCGCGACUACAACCUCCGUGACUUUGCGCGCAUGCUCGCUAAGCUCACCAUGUCGUUCCUCUCCACCGCCAUUUCCGCCGCCGCUGCUGCAGGCUCGGACACCUCGGGGUACUCGGAUGCGCUCGUUAGCGUCCGUACCUUUAUGCUCUCGUCGUCCAAGCUUGCCGCCAAGUUUGUGGCCGAGGGCGCAGCCGCCCCUGACUCCACCGACGGCGACGACUCUGCCGCCCUCCGACCCUCGGUCUACACUAACUGGGCCUCGCUCUCCGCCCCAGCCAUUCUCCGCGAUGCGCUCAUCCACUCGCGGGUCUCAACCGCCCUCGCCUAUUUCCGCGCACGCGGCCUCACGACACCCUCGGGCGGUCAGUACUCGCUCGCCGACAUCAAGACCAUCGGAGUCCCGCUCGCUCUCGCCACCAUUGAGACCUACGUCCCGGCCGAUCCCGAGUCAAACGAGCUCGGUCCGGGCAUCGCCAUGCUCUCCUCACUCGGCCUCGCCCCGGAGCCGUACCUAACUGCGCUCGCCGAGACUACGCUCAACCGUCCGCUUCGAAAUCGGCUCCUCCGUGCUGUCGGUGAGAGCACACCACGGAGCCGCCUCGACGCUCUCCGCUUCCUCGAGUCGGUUUAUCCGGUUGGGGACUGGUCGGGCCGUCCGCUGCAGACCGAAUCUGUCCUUGCCCGCGGAGACGAGGUUGUCGAGCGCCUUGCCUCUGAGCUGGAGCAGGGCCUGGCCUCGGUUCCACCGGCAGCGGAGCCCGCUUGCGCAGGAGCUCUUGUCCUCGACCACUGGGGCCUCACGCCGCUGCCAUCACCUGGCACUGCCAAGCCAGGCGAGCCCGGCGCACCCACCUCGGUUGCUGGCCGCUACUUUGCGGCACCGCUGAGCUCCGUCGAGCGCUGGUCGCCGCAGGUCCUGGCUCGAGUCCUAGUCGAUGCAAUCCUUUGCGCCGGCGAGGGCACGGCCAAGCUCUCAGCUGCACUGGAGGAGCUACGGGCGCGGUUCCCUGACCUGGCCGAUGAGCUUGGGCGCGCGGUCGCCGUCGUCCUUGCACAGAACUGCCUGGUUGCUCCGGUGGCCAGCGUCGACGACCGAGUCGCGGCGCGAGUCCUUGCUAGCGAGCACGCUGAGGCCUGGGUCACGGCCAAGCGGGUGCUCGCGCUGGACACGCCUCUGGAGGCGGUGGUGGCGAGAGUCGCCUCCUCACAUCUUGUCAUGCCGGCCUCGGUCGGAGCCAGCGACUUUCCGUCGCUGUUUUGGCCGGCUGUGGCGGGGCAGCUGUUCGCCUCGGCACCACUGGCGAGUGCCGGCCACGAUCCGCAUCAGCUGGCUGUCGAGCUGAUGCGAGUCCUUGGCGAGGCCCCGACACUGCGACUGCUGUACGCGUUUGCAGAGGCUCACAACGUGCCCAACGAGGUCCUCACCGCGAACCAGGCUCCCGAGCUGGCGACCAAGCUUGCAUCGGUGGUCGCCUUUCGUGUUGCGGGCCGCGACCUGAGCGCGGCGGCGCUGGCGUCUGCCGGCCGUGCCUCGGCGGCGCUGCUCUCGACCGCCGCAGCCGACGGCAUGGGUGUCGAGUCGCGGCUACUGGUCGCGCUCGCGCUGGCUCAGCUCGAGGAUCCAGACAAUGUCUCGGGCGUGUUUGCAAGGUUUGAGUGGGAUCCCCCGCCGCGGCCGGGCUAUCCAACCCUGUUUGCACUUCUCGACCCUGCUCACCCACGAGGCGCACCGGUCCGGGCACCUCUGUCUGACACGCUGCUCUUUGACGUUCUCUCAUCUGCCGGAGACAUGUCGCUGAUGGCGACGCUCGCGACUGCCGUCGAUGUCCAGCUCGCUACGGUUUGGGGAAGCGGGCCGCUGCGGCCGCUGCCGUCGCUGGCGCACCCGCCGCCGCGGUUGGACGUCCCACCUGUUGCGGUCGAUCUCGACGUGGUCUACUAUCUCGAGGCUGGCCAGCCUGGCGCGGCAUACACCGCGCAUACCCAGUGUGACAACCACGAGCAAAUGGAGAAUGCCGAGCUGCUGGUCCUGUUGCGGAGGUUGGUGACAGCGCCGGAUCGCAGCGAGCGUGUGUCUCGCUCCGCAAUGGUCUUUGCGCACAUGGUUGGCUUGCAGAGCCUAGGGCUUCGGAUUGACGCUGUAGCCAGCCGGUACAUUGGCUUACCGGAUGCGAUGCCUCGCGGAUACGGCGACGUGGACGCGCGAAACUGGUCACUGGUUCUCGAGGGCGAGAGCGAGGCUGCUGCAGAGCUAGCAGCGGGCGUGGCGGCCGAGUUUGGCGACGACCCGCGGGCGAGCCCCGAGGCGGCGCAGGCAUGGCGGAUGGUGGCUCUGGCAACAAGGCUGUACACCUGGCCGCUGGAGAUGCGGACGCUCACGGCGUACGGCUCGGCAUCCGAGGUCCACCGAAUGGUGGCGGAAGCAGCGGAGCUUACGCUUCCGCUCGGGGCGGUGGCGAGUCGACUGGCGAAAUUGGUGCCCGAGCCGCAGCUGGGCGACCACGUGGCGCGGCUGGCAGAGUACGACACAAGCCAGCGGGUGCUCGACGAGGUGCAGCGGGCGUGGCUUGCCGCCGACGGCGAUCGUGAGAAGCAGGCUGCCGCCAUGCUCUUCUCAGCUGGGCUCCUUGCUUCUGAUCAUGGUGCCGAGCUGGUGACCGGCGACGAGCUCUGUCAGGUGGCUGUCGAGCUCCAGAUUCCCAGCCUUGCUGUGCUGGCGGUCGAGCUGGUGGGCGCGAGCCGGCUGACCGGCCUGGUGGCGUAUUGCGAGGCGCACGCCAAGCUGGGUGGCGGACAUGCGGGCGAUGGCGAGCUAAGCGAGCGGCUUUUGCAGGUAGUGAUGAUUUGCGAGGAUGCGGCAAGCACCCACGCGCUGCUCGACGCCAUCCGGGUUUUUGCCCCCGGAUCGGGUAUCGAGGCGCUGGUGGCGUGUGUGGCCUCGUUCCAGGCGUACAUGUAUGGCAAGGCGCGCCGGGCGCUGGAGGCAUUCCUUGCUGCUGUGGAAGACGUGAGCGAGGGUGGCGACGAGCUGGAACUUUCCCUGGAGUGGUACCGCAAGGCAGGAUGGAAGAGUCUCCGCAGGGUGCUUGCAGUGGCACCGACCCGGUACGAGAAGCAAGUCCUACUGGAGCUCGUGGCCGGCUCCGGGGCGUGGCGAGUGGUGGACCAAGGCGCACCCGAGGGUGAGGUUGGGCUGGGCGUGCUGUGGAAGAUCCACGCGAGUCUCGCCGGUGCCGGGCUGGGCGAGGCGGUCGAGCCGGACGCGGCACCCGAGGUCAUUAUCGGCAUGCUGAUGGAGCGCGGCGCGUUUGACGCGGCGCGCGGGGUUGCCGCGCUCAGUGGGCGACCGCACGACGCCAUCACGCUCUCCGAGGUGGGCAUGCUUGUGGCUGCAGCGUCGGCCAAUGGGUGGAUGUAUGUCUCCGAGUCCGGCUCUGAGCGCGAGGGGCUAUGGCGGCAGUGUAAUGAGGUGUUUGUCAAGCACGAAACCUCGCCAUCGCAUGCUGGUGAGUUCUUCUACUCGCUGGCUGACUCGAUCGAGCCACAGCCUGGGCCGGACGAACUCCUAGUGCUGUAUUCGCUGGCGCUCGAGUGGUUUACCGCCGGCGCCGGAAGCGAAGGCGGUAAGCCUGUAGCGUUCCUUGACUCGCUGCAGACCGAGGUGUGGACGCUGACGUACCUGCCAGAGUCGUACAACGGGAGCUCGAGCGAUGUCGACGUCCGCGAGCUUGUCGUCCACCUCCUCAACUCGGGCAAGGUGACCGAGGCGAUGUCGAUUGCAGGCAAGCUCCACGUCGAGUGCAAGGCGCUGGAGAACGUUAGUGCAGCUGUGGCACUUGUGCGCGACGCCAGCGUGGCGGCGGAGCUGCCGGACGCUGUUCUUGCGCUCAUCGGCUCGCCAACGUCGAUGCUGGACAAGCUGCGGCGGCUGCAAGAGGCGACGCGCGAGGCCAAGGACGCGUUUGAGCACAUCAUCACCAACUACCGGGUGGCGUCGGUUCUUCAGCUGUCGUACGACGACGUGCUGGCCAAGGAUCCGUAUCAAGUUGUCUUUGUGCUCCUCCAUCAGGGUCGCGACAACUUUGCACUCGCCGGGCGGUUCAUCAGCCUUCACGAGCUCGACACUGGCAAGAUUGGGGCGCUGCUGGCGAAGGUCUUUACACUUGCGCUGGAAACACACCACUCGCGGGUUAGCGGCGACGGUGGCGCUGGUGCCGGCGGUCGGCUACUCCCCGAGGCCUUUCCGAUGUGGUCCACCGGGCAGUUUGGCGCGUUUGCGGCGCUGUGUAAGGAUCUCACCCGACUGGGUGACUGCCUCAUGGACGCCAUUUCGCAGCAGCGCAAACUGCCGGGAGCGUGCGAGGUGGAGAUUAUGGCGCGAGCCCACUUUUGCUACGACCUAGCCGGUGCGGUGGACGUUGUCGACGCUCUUCUGGAGCUUGUGCGCGCCAAGAGCGAGUCGUAUCUCCGCGCUGGGGCUUACGGGCUCUGCGCCUUUCUCUUCCGCUCGCUCAAGAGGUAUCGCGAGACGAUGUACAUUCUGGACGCGCUGAUGGCGGCGGAUGCAUUCGACCUCAUCUUUGCCCCGGGCUCAUCCGAGGAGGAGCCUGACUGGCGACUGCAGUUUUUCCUGCGACAGUAUCUGCAGGUGCGCGCGCCGAAUGACCUUUCCAAGCUCACCAAGCUGUACGCACGGUUCGGAAUGGUCCGCGAGCGGGCCGAGACGUUGAUGGCCAAGGCCGACGAGGCGCUUGCAGUCGUUGGCAGCGAGAAGCCCGGCCCGGGACGGCACGACGCAUGCGUUGGAGUCUUCCGCCUCUACCUUGAGGCGUCGAAGAGCUUCCAGCUCGAAGACUGCCUCCAUGCGGCGCGGCGGUGCAUGCACAUGGCAGCGCUGGUCGGCCUCCAGCUGGAGAAGCCAGGCGAGGCGCUGGUUGGGCUCACCCCCGAGCAAGCGCGCGUUGCCAUGGCGGAUCAGCCGGCCUUCCGCGAGGCGUACCUUGUGGCGCAGGCGUACGAUGUCGGACAGCAGGCCGGAUGGCUUGAGCCGAUCUUCCGGCACGCCAUCCAGAACAGCAACAGCCGGUACUUUGACGACUACCGGCAGACAUAUGGAGCGACGCCGUCGCUCUUCAUCGAGCUCUCACGAUACUACGACGCCAAGAUCGGCAGUGAGGCCGCAUUGGCGCCGCGGUCGCAGCUCGACGCCUUUCUCGCACGCCACUGCCUGUCUGCCGAUCUCCGAACCCGGAUCCUCAACGGCGAGUUCCAGCAGCAGCAGGCCGGCGCAUCCGGCGACGCGUCUGCCAUCCGCCGGUCCGUCUCCCUCCGGCGAUGAGAUCUCAACCCACGUAGAUAGCGAGCCUACUAAAGCCAUCCUCCC